AUGGCUCGCAAGUUCUUCGUCGGCGGCAACUUCAAGAUGAACGGGUCCAUCUCGUCCAUCAAGGAGAUUGUCGAGAACCUGAACAAGGCUACUCUCGACCCCAAUGUCGAGGUCGUCAUCUCUCCUUCCUACCUGCAUCUCCUCCUCGUCCGCGAGAACCUCCGCGAGGGCCUCGAAGUUGCCUCCCAGAACGUCUACGACAAGCCCAAUGGCGCUUUCACCGGCGAAGUCUCCGUCUCGCAGCUCAAGGACAGCGGCAUCAACUGGACCAUCCUGGGCCACUCCGAGCGCCGCACCAUUCUCCGUGAGAGCGACGAGGUUGUCGCCCUCAAGACCAAGUACGCCACUGAGAACGGCGUCAGUGUGAUCUGGUGCUGCGGAGAGUCCCUGGAGGAGCGUGAGGCCGGCAAGACCAUCGAUGUCGUCAGCAAACAGCUCGCCGCUCUCAAGGCCCAGAUCUCUGACUGGUCUAAGAUCGUCAUCGCCUAUGAGCCCAUCUGGGCCAUUGGCACUGGCAAGGUUGCCACCACUGAGCAAGCUCAGGAGGUCCACAAGGCCAUCCGGGAGUGGCUCAAGACCAACGUUAGCGACAAGGUCGCUGACGAGACCCGUAUCCUUUACGGCGGCAGCGUCAACGAGAAGAACUGCGGCGAGCUCAGCAAGCAGGCCGAUAUUGACGGCUUCCUCGUCGGCGGUGCUUCCCUCAAGCCUGCCUUUGUUGACAUCAUCAACUGCCUGAAGCAGUAA